GGUGCGGCGGGCCGUGACCAUGGUGGUGCCGUCGGAGGGGGCCGGAGCUCCCAGUGGGAGGUGAAGGAGCCGGUGAGUGGGCAGCGCCGACCGCAGGCUCGGUCCUGCUCCAGAUGGAAAGCGUGCCGGGGGAGCCGGCUGGGUUCGAACUUCGGAACCUCCGCCCCGCAGUCCAGCGCUGAUGCCACUACGCCACCAGCCGGCUUUAUCGCACAGUUACAACAAGUAAUUGGGAAGGCUGAUGGAAUGUUGGACUUUAUUGUAAGGAUAUAAAAUAUGUAAUAGUGGUGCAAAGGUUAUGAACACCAGUGAACGUGACCAGACCUUGACUCGUUUUUGUCCGGCUCGCACACACCAACCACGGAGGGACGGAUUAAACCGACUGUGUGCAGAGUCACCAUUUAUCUUCAGAGAGAGAUGUCUGGGGAUACCUGCUUAACAUCACCUUGUCCUCCCUCUGGAGCGAAACCCAAGGCCAUCAGCUUUAAAGGAGGAAGCAUGGGGAACAAGUACAUCAGGUUAAAUGUUGGAGGCUCGCUGUACUAUACCACUGUUCAGAUUUUAACCAGGCACGACACCAUGCUGAAGGCAAUGUUUAGUGGAAGAAUGGAAGUACUGACUGACAAAGAAGGAUGGAUUCUUAUUGAUCGUUGUGGGAAACAUUUUGGCACUGUCUUGAACUACCUGAGGGAUGACUCAAUUAUCCUUCCAAAGAGUAGGCGGGAAAUAAAGGAACUAUUAGCAGAAGCCAAAUAUUACCUUAUUCAAGGCCUAGUGGAUGUCUGUCAGACAGCUUUACAGGAAAAGAAUGAAUGCUGUGAAGUUGCUUGCAUGAUCCCCAUGAUUACCUCUCUCAAGGAGGAAGAAAGACUUAUUGAAAGUUGUGCUAAGCCUGUUGUGAAGCUGCUACAUAACAGGAGCAAUAACAAGUAUUCCUACACUAGCAACUCUGAUGACAAUUUGUUAAAGAAUGUUGAACUAUUCGACAAACUGUCCCUGAGAUUUAAUGGAAGAGUGCUUUUCAUGAAGGACGUCUUAGGAGAUGAGAUUUGCUGCUGGUCAUUUUAUGGACAGGGCCGCAAGCUUGCUGAGGUUUGCUGCACCUCCAUUGUGUAUGCAACAGAAAAGAAACAGACCAAGGUUGAAUUUCCUGAAGCAAGAAUUUAUGAAGAGACAUUGAAUGUCUUGCUUUAUGAAACACCACGUGUACCUGAUAACUUGCUGUUAGAGGCUACUAGUCGGACAUCUGCUCAAGGGUCACAUAGUGAAGAUGAAGAGGCGUUGGAAGUUAGAGAUCGUGUGCGUAGAAUACACGUGAAAAGGUACAGCUCAUAUGAUGACAGACCCCUUGGACACCAGCCUGCCUAUAGAGACUAAAACUAACCAGAUUCUUGGGUAUGGCAAUAAUUAUAAUUUUAACAAAAAAAGUACUAAUGGUUACCACUGUGCAGAUCAUGGAUUAUGAAGAUAACUGACAUGGCAGAAGGGAAAACCUGAAUGCUUUUAAGUUUAAUUUGAUAUGUUUGUUCUGUUACUUUGAUUUUUCUCCUUCUGGAAGAAAAUGUCUUAAGUGGAACUGAAAUACAUCCUAAAACCUGUGCAUAAUUUUCCUUUAUUGUAGAUGAUCUUUUCAUUGAUGUUUGGCAUAUUCCAGAAACCUGAAAUCCAAAUUGAUGUAACUUAUUACAGCACCUGACUAGCUUGUGACAAUAGGGAUUCAAUACUAAUGCCAUGAAUUGUCAUUCUGUCAUGCCCAUGAACCAUUUGAGAGAGAAUCAAUUACCACCAAACCCCCAGCUGGCAGUUGCACAUUUGCAGCAGGCUAUGGAGGCCUUUAAUAAAGUGCCUCGCCUCUUUUUUUUCAUUCUUACUUUAUUUUGGAUUCUGCCUUUGUAUCACAGGGAAAUCCAAAUGUGUGCCUGAGCAGGAAUGUCUGCCCAUGUUUAUACUUGGCUUGCUUUCUUGUUCUGAAAUCAUCAGCAUCUUAUUGCAUGUACUUCCAAGGCUAACAAGGAAGUGCUCAUUUAUACCAAUUGACCGUUGGAGUAUUUCAGUCAAAAGUUGCUGUACGCAAAAAAGAUUUUUUUUCUGGGAGGUGAAGUUGAGGGAAUGAGAAAUAUAGUUCCCAUUUCUUACAGCUCCUCGCCCAAAGUAUUAUUUCAAGUUGAUUGCAAUUACAAAUUUUUCACACACCUAAUGUUGGUUUGGUUAACAACAUUUGGGAUUUAAGUACAUGAAAUUUUUGGAUAGUUCUGAAACAUUCCACUUGCUACAAACCUCACAGAAUAGUGGCAGCUUGUAUUUGUGCUGAAGUAUUUCAUGUAUAUUUAAUCUGGUUUGUUCAGUUUUCUUGUUAAUAUAUAGUAUGGAAUGAUCCCUAUUUUCUCCUUUCAAUAUAAUGGUAGCACAGCUGUGCAGGUGAAAAUUUAUUUUGACUGGACCAGAAUGUUAAAUUUCUGUUUUUGUAUUUAUGUACUUAAUGUUCUUCUGGACUGGGAUGCUUAAAGCUAUUUUGUUCCAUAUAGUACAAAAUAGUGAUGUGUCUAACAUUUGCCUGAAGUAAAAUUGCAGUUUGUUUACUAAUGUAGUUUUUCAUGAAGUUGUAUUUAAAUAACGUGUAAGUGGCUCUGGCUUCCAACCAGAGAAGUUUGUGUUUGAUAACUGCCAGUGAACAUUGUAGAAUAUUUCCAUGCACCGGAGCUGUCUUCAGGUCGGAGAUAAAAUAACUGGCAGAAUUUAUUCUUAUUCAACUCUCUGCCCUAUCUUCCCACUCUGUCACAUCACCUGCUGCAAUAUAGAGCAGAUUUGACCAACUGGGGGGGAGAGAGAUUAAAAAAAACUUCUAGAACUGAGUCAAUGUGCCAAAAAUGGAGCCUCUUUUUUGCAGGUGAUCCAGAUUUCUUCACCUUUUCCUUUCAGUGGUGGUCGCAGCUGCAGUAGGAGCUCAGCUUCAGUUCUUCACAUCAGUAGGAUACGUUCUCACAUUCCUACGUAUUUAAUCACAAGCUACUUGCCUCAGUGCCAAUAAUAAUUAAAACUCACUGAAUUCACUUUGCAGUAACAUUUUCCGGGUGUCUAUAUUUCUAAGUUCGCCUUGCCCUAAGAGCUAGAGCUGUCUCCAUACUGAACAGAUACCUCAUAAAAGCAGCAAUAUUUCCACUUAUAAAAGUAUUGUGUGGGAUCUCAGACUUCCCGGUAGCAUCCCUAAACCAUGGUUCAGUAAGAAGGGGAUUCUCAAAAUAUGAUUGUUCUUUUUUUUUUGUGGCAAUCUACCUCCCUGAUAUAUAUAUCACCCAAAGCUUUGUUAGCAGACUGACAACCUGAGCUAAGGUGGUAGUUUUUCACAUUAGUUUUAAGUUUUACAAAAUAACAAACUGCUGUCUACUUUGAUUUUAAGAGGUUGUCAACAUGUUAAACAAGCAGUAGCUUGAUGUUAAGCCAGGAACGGAUUAAAAUAAAAAAAAAUACAUAGCCACCUACCAUAGGUACUGAGUCAAGCAAGCCCAUUUGUUAUAUCAGUACCUACAUCAUUGGAUGCUGGAAAAAAACUAAAUCAAAGGCUCUAUUACAGAGAUAAAUACAAAAAAAAAGUUUGUGUAAACAACCAUCUCAAGUGAAUUAAAAUCAGUUGCUGAUAGUAAACAUUUAAAAUUCCAGUUUUCUCACUAAAUUUGGUGACUAAAGAAAUGCGUCCUCUUGGAGCUUUUCUCUUCCACCCGGCAAACAUCUUCCACCAAGGCACUCUUCUAUCAUAUUUUUGAGCUGUUUGUAUUCUGGCAAUUUCUCAGUGAAGAUCUUACCCAAGUCCUUGCCAACCACAACUGCAGCACUAUAGGCCCUCUCGAAAAUAGCACCUGAAAAUCAUCGUCAUCAACAAUGCACAGACUUGGACAGAAUAUUUUUUUUUAAAACACAUGGACCCUUUUGAGGGACUUUGAUAACUCUAAAAUCUUCCAUGGUAGCGUAGCAGUUAAUGCGUCACUCAACAGCAUCAGCAAUUACUGAUCAGGGUUCUAUUCCCACCGCUGUUAAAAAGGAGCUUGUAUGUUCUCCCUGUGACAGAGUUGCUUUGCUGCUGGUGCUGUUGUUUCCUCCCAUGUUCCAAAGACAUGGUUAGGGUUAGUGAUUUGGGGGGAGUGCUGUGUUGGUGACAGAUGCCCAGCGACACUUGGCAAACUGUCCAGCAAAACCCUUGCUAAUUUGAUGCAAUUGAUGCAUUUCACUAACUCUAAUGGUCAGGCAUAGUUUUAAAACUUGUGUUAGCAAGUGGACAAGGUCUUAUCAAUAAUGGGUCUUGGGUAAAGCAAGACUACAUUGUAGAGGGCAUACAUUGGAUCUUAAUAAAAGUGUUUUAGUAAAAUUUGACUGUGUAACAGAUGUGCAACCCUUAACCCAUUCAUUGAGUUUAAUAUCACUUUAAAAAGUGUACAACUCUGAUCCUUGCUAAGGCAGGCUAGUCAUCAGCAAAAUUUAAGACAGCAAUAAAAUCACUCAUGCCACAAUAAAACCUCAUCCACCACUAACCACUGAGUAUAAUAUAUCCACGGUAAUAUAAAAUGGAGGAACAUGUGUCACCCUGCUUCACUGCUCUUGGGUUAUCAGUAAAUGUCAGUAAAAUACACACUCAGUGGCCACUUGAUUAGGUACAGGAGUGUAACCCAGUGUGGUUUUCUGCUGCUGUGGCCUAUCCACCAAGGUCCAAUGUGUUGAAUUCAGAGAUGCUCUUCUACAGACCAUUAUUGUAACUCCUGAUUUAUUGGGUGGUUGCCUUCCUGUAAGCUUGAACUAGUAAUCUGGCUAUUCUCCUCUCUUCUGACCUCUUUCAUCAAGAACAUUUUCAUGCAUUGAAUUGCCUGUCACUGGAUGCUUUUCCCCCACCACCCCCCGCCCCCACACCAUUCCCUGUAACCUCUAGAGAUAGCUGAGUAUGAAAAUCCCCAGAGAUCGGUUUCUGAGAUACUCAAACCACCCUGUCUGGCACCAACAAUCAUUCCACAGUCAGAGACUCUUGAAGCACAUUUCUUCAUUCCAGUGUUUGGCCUGAAUGACAGCUGAAGCUCUUGAUCAUGUCUGCGUUCUUUUAUUCAUUGAAUUGCUGCUACAUGAUUGGUUGAUUAGGUAGUUGUAUUAAUGCGCAAGUGUACCUAAUAAAAUGGCCACUGAGUGUAGAUGUGUAUAAAAUGGAUGUUAGGCUGCAUAGGGCCCAAAAUCCUGGGUAGGAUCAUUAGCUUGUCUUUCUAAUUCCUCUUAUCCCCCUUCACAAGGUUCAUUAACUAAUGCAAUGUUUUGAUUGUAUCUAGAGGUGGCUGCUGAAAUUCCUUCUACUGGACAUUGUGGUUGAGUACCUUACCCAAUAGUUUUGCUGGAAUCCUGAUGAACACACUUAAUGAACCUGUAGUAAUUGGCCCCUAAUUAUGAAUAUUCUUUGACUUAAUGGGUCAUCUGACUUUGGACUGAGGAGUAUGCAGUUGUUUUAACAAUUGAUGGAAAACAGCUGCAGGUUACAAGAAAUAUAGCUGAACUAAAAUCAUGACAUCCAUCCUAACAUCACUCAAAGGUCAAACUGUCACCAGCAGCUGUAUAUUUUUUUUAAAAUCCAAGUGCAUUUCAAAUAUCUUGUGCUGAUAUUCUUUAAAGGAAGUUAAUUAUUAGAAACAAGAACAUAAGAAAAUAGGGACAGGUGUAGGCCAUCAGGCUCCAGGUCUGCCCUCCUGUUCAGUGCAAUCAAGGCAGAUCUAUGCUAGCUUCAACUCCUGUUCUACACCAGUUCCCCAUAACCCUCAUCUUUUCAAAUAUCUUUUCUAUAUCUACCUUAAAUUUAUCUAUUGAUACACCCUUGUGAUCAGAGAAUUUCUGAGAAGAAUUUUCUACAGCUCACUUUUAAAUGUCCAUAUCCUAUUUUGCAGCAAUGUCCUCUUGUUCAUGAAUCAUACACAAGUGGAAACGUCUCUACAUCUACCCUGUCAAGAUCCUCAAUUUCUAAGCUCCAAAAGAUACUUGAUAGAAAAACCCUCUCAUCUGACAAAUUAGCCUUUGGACUACCUCCAAUACAUGCAUAUCCUUUUUAAUCACAGACAAGGACAUAAACGAAUCACAGUGGUCGUUUUCCAACCUUUAUAUGUCCUUUUGGGAUUGAACAAGUUUUGAACUAUUGGGCCCACUAUCCCUGCAGCCACUUCCUUUAAAACGCUUGGGUGUGGAUUGUUACACCCUGGCAAUUUGUCUUUUAGGUCCAUGGAUUGCUCUGUAUCACAUGUGACUGGGCAUUUUACAGGUCCCCUGUUUUUUAUUAGAAAUUGGUCUUUGUUAUCCUGGGGAAUAUUUGCAGAAUCCUCCAUGGCAAAGACUGCUACAAAAAUUAAUUUAACAUAACUGAAAUAUUUCUUUCCUGUUAUUAAUUCACCAGCCUCUAGAGGUCUCACCUCUGCUUUAACUGCCCGCUUCCAUAGAAACUAUUAUGACAUGAAAGUUUUAUCUCGGAAUCAGCUUUUUUUCCCCCCUCGUGAGCUUUUUCACUCUUUUGUUGCUAGGUCCAAAAGCUUUCCAGUCCUUUGGCCUACCAUCAGUCCUUGCCUCCUUCUUUGCCCCAUCUUUCACUUCAAUAUUAAGCUUGACCCUUUGGCUGACCAGAGAUUGUGCCUCUUUAUCACCAUGUCCCUCUUUCUAAUUUGGAUAAAUUCCUGUUGAAUGUUAUGGACCAGCUAUUUGAAUAUCUGAUAGUGUACUGCCUUGUACCUUGACUCUUUCCCCAGUCUACCUUUGACAACUGCCAUCUUCAUACCAUUAUAAUUGUGCUUCAUUAAAACAAUGAUAUUUACCCUGAAGUUGCAUCUAUAUAUUGAUUUAGAUUUGGGUUUAUUUAUCACAUGUACAUCGAAACCUACAGUGAAAUGCAUCAUUUGUGUUACAACCAACACACCCGAGGAUCUGCUGGGGGGACCCAUAAUUGUCGCCACACAUUCUGGUGCCAACAUACCAUCCCUGCAAUGCUCAGCAGAAUAAUUCAAAUGGUGGCAACAACAACAGCAGAACAAAACAAGACAACAGCAAAAUUAAGCACCUUUCCCACCCUCCUACCCACUCACACACGUGGGCAGGCCGCCUCCAGACCUCUCAAUGUCCUCAAAGACCUUUCACUCCUCUUAAUCCUUCCUCAUUACUCAUGAGCAACUCCGAAAUAGCCUGUUCCUGCACAGGUUCUGUCAUGCACUAUUAUAAGAAGGACUCCAUCAUGCGUUCUACAAAAUCUAAUAUGAUAUCUGUGCCAUUUUGGUUUGUCCAAUCAAUAAACAGGUUAAAAUUCCUUCAAACAAGCCCUAGAAAUUUCCCCAUUAAUACUUCUAACUGUGUCUUUCCCUGACUAUUUGUGAUUUUGAUCUAAACUGGUCUACCGCCUUUAUCAGUGACUCAAUGAUGCUCUGAUACCUUCCUUGAUUAACAAUAUUACCUUCACCUCUUUCUCUUUGGGCCCAUUCUUUCGCAACAUGGUAUAAGCUGGAAUGUUGAGCAUCCAUUCAUCCUGCAAUUGUGUCUCGAGGAUACUUGUAUGUUGCUAUGUGCUGUUAACUCAUCUAUCUCAUUAUAAACAUUAAAUGAAGUCAGUUAAGCUUUGAUUUUCCUCAUAGUUUUUACUAAUUCUGGAUUUACUCUGUGCUACAUUUUUUUACAUUUUCUGCCCCAGCCUGUUAGUUUCCCUUUCAUCAUUCCAUGCCACAACUUUGAUUUCCUCGUGGCCUUUAUUAAGCAUCCCAUUCAUGGAGUCCUCUACCCUUCUAUUUUGUUUAAUGUCCUUUCCAUAACCCUAUUUUUAUAUUUAUUUUAUAAUAAAUGAGAUAAAUCCACCCAGAUCUUCAACAUGGAACUAACCUCUGGUUCACUGGUUUGGGAAGUCGAAUGACCCAGAUUUUCUUACAUGGCCCAAGGUACACAAUACUCAAUGUCAAAUCUGAAAUAUUUCAUUAAACUACACCAAUAUUACCAUUCAGUAUAAAUCAUAAACCAUGAGCAAAAAGUAACAUCUUUUUGCUUAAAUGUUUCAACUAAAUUAUUAUUUUCCCACAAUUUGUUUGCAUUGAGUGGUGACAUUUAAACUGUGCUUAGUGUAUGUGUUUUUAUAUCCCCCGUUAUUCAUUGGCCAAUUUGUAACCCACGUACUGCAGUGAUAAAGAUUCAGCUCACAACUGUGGAUUCUCUUAGUGGAAUUAACCUUUAAAAUGGUCUGUUAACUAACAAACUGGAAUACUCACUUGCAAAACCACUCUGUAAAUAAAUUUGCUGGUUACACUGUGAUGGAUUAUUUUUUUCCACGAUGUUGCUGUGUCGCACACAUUUCAAACUAACUGAAGUAGCACUACCUGAGGAAUAACUUUAUAAAAGUGUAUCCUGUGCAGAACAGUGUUGCUCCUUUUUAAAUGUUGUUAAGCAAAAAUGUUUACCAACCUUAAUAAAAUUUGUGUUGAUUGCUGUUACG